AUGCCGUUAUUUUGGAUCGCAUUGGAGUUCAGCAAUCCCCGUGUCGGCCCGCACAUACAAGUUUAUCCAGAGGAUUCUGGUACUUGGCUCUCCGAAGCCUGGCAGGGCAUGCAUUGGCGUGAAGAGAUAGAUCCGGUGUUAACAACGCCGAUGGUGUGCCUCGCUGGCCAAGAUUUCUUUAUAUACAAGCCGGCAAAGCUCCAAAACGGUGAUAUAUGCAUGCCCAUGCAUUGGUUCUUUUGCGAGGAGAUGUGCGACGGCAACAAGGUCCCUCACUACUACGCCAAUGCAUGGCGCCUGCAGCCUGUGGUGUCCGAGGAUGGAUUGGGAGGUUAUGUCGCUCACAAAUACGACUCUUUUGUCGUCGAUGCGGUCCUCUUCACGCUAUCACUCCCGCAGCUAAUUGCCACCUUCCAGGUGGAUAACUUACCAGAUCCUUGCAUGUUACUCGCGAAAGGACAUUGGGUCUUGUCGUUGAUGAUGUGGCUGUAUUGUGAUGAUACAUCGGGAAAUCUGUCCAAAAAGUGGAAUAAACACAAUUCAUUCCUUUGGACACCUGCUGGGCUGCCUCGAGAGCAGGCACAACGGCAAUACAAUGUGCAUUUCUUGUCAACCUCCAACAUUGCCCCCCCUCUUGAGAUGCUCGAUGGCAUUGUCACACAACACGAGGAUGGACAACACAACGGAGUGUGGGCAUGGGAUAUUGCCUCGCAGGAGAUGGUGCUCGUGUUGCCUGUUGUGCUUGCUUUGUUGGGUGACAACCCCAUGCAGAGCGAGAUGGCAUGUCACAUUGGCCUACGAGGGAAAUUUUUCUGCCGAACAUGCUGGGUCAAAGGGCGUGAUGCUGACAAUGAGGUCGCCUCGCUGGCAGCGGGGACAAUGGCCAGAGAGGAGGCGGAGGCAAGUGAUGCUCCCAGCACUCUGGGAGGAUCGUCUAUCGAUGGGCAUUCACAUGUUGGACAUUCCUCCUUGUCCUCCGCUGAGGGAGUAAUAGGUGUGCAUCAGAUAGGUCCUGUACAUUGUGCUUUGCUCUCAUUCCUGCCGACGACCCCACUGAUGAGUGCUUCGCUUCUAGCUCCACUCUCCAUCACCCUUGGCAAUGAUUCUGAGACAGUCGAGAACAAUUCUCACAAGUCCGCACCACGCACCAAAAAGGGCCGUCCCUUAGAGACCUUGCAGCAAUUGACGGAUCGCACGCGCCGCUUCCUUGGGCCUCUGAGAUUGCGCAAUGCAGCAGACACACGAUCGAAACUCAAGACAAUCUUCGAUACUGCUCGCACAGUCGGGGGCAUGACAGAAUUGGCUCGCCUGCACACCAUGUUUGGUGUGAAAGACACAUACCAGGAAACAUUCAUGGAUAGAAUCUUUGCACUCGGACGGAAGUUCCGUGGAUCGCUUGCCGAUAAACAGAGGAAGAUGGAUGAUCUCAUGGCAUCGUUUCCUGCCGACGUGACCAGCCCAGUGUGGCGGAUUAAAGGGCUUGAUCCACAUCUUGAUACACCUGUCGAGAUACUCCAUGUUAUCUUGCUGGGCUUUGUCAAAUACUUUUGGCAAGAUGCCAUUGCGCGCCAAGAUGCCAAAGGUAAAGCCUUGUUGAUCACGAGGCUGUCAUCGCUCGAUGUGAUGGGCCUUGGCUGUUCUGCUCUUGCAGGACAAACUCUUGUUCAGUAUGCAGGAUCUCUCACCGGUCAUGAUUUUCGCGUGGUUGCUCAAGCGGCACCGUUUGUGUUGUAUGACCUUAUUGACGAGGAUUGUUACAAGGCAUGGUUAGCGCUUUCGCAACUGAUCCCCAUGGUUUGGCAGCCGUGCAUUGAAAAUGUGGAUCAGCAUUUGACAGAGUUAGAACAAUGUAUCGACUAUUUCCUCGAUUGUACGGUGCGGUGGACACCAUGGUGGUUCAACAAACCGAAGUUUCACAUUGUUUGUCACCUGCCUUAUCACAUCCGAUGCUUUGGGCCGGCAAUCCUGUUUGCCACAGAAGCGUUCGAGUCAUUCAAUGCGGUGAUCCGAGAGCAGAGUAUUCACAGCAAUCGGCAUGCUCCGUUGAUACGCUAG